UUCACUACCGGGCCCCAUGAAUCAGGAGCCAACUCAUCCUUACAAUCCACACACUGGAACCCCAGCCCCACCACGACACCUGAGCAGGGCCCUCGAUAUUGGUGCACCUUUACCAGCUGGAAUUGUAUUUCCAAGCCACUGCUACACAAGAGUAUCGUCAACUUCCGAUGCCAUGCACCUCCAGGGGGAUUUCAUGGCCUGUGUGAACUAUGGGAAUCCAGACUUCACCACUUAUAAUGCUCAAGCUGCACAGUAUCUGCCUGGCUUUAAUCCCCCAUUCUACGAGUACUACCAACUGCACCAUGCGGCUUCACAUAUGAUAGAGAAUGGGCUUCUGACGUGGUCACCCACGCCCCAUGGUUAUUUCCAGGUUGCUGAUAAAGUGAUGCAAGCUCCACCAAGUAGAGUUGUGAGCUCAGAGAAGCCAGUCCAUGUGUCAGAGCUGUCCCCCAGCACCAGCUAUAGCAUUCUGAGCAGCAGCUCUGCCAGCACCAUGACAGCCAACCCUCAAACCAUCAUUAAAGAUAAGAAUGGAUCUACGUACAGUGAGCGAGAGGAAUCUGUGGUUUCAGUGACUGAGCACAUGCCGGAAGAUGUCAUAAAUGCGGUUACCAUUGUUGAUGCAAAGGGCAACGAGUUCGUAGUCGUCAAGGUUGAAGACAUUCACUUUGAUCUCAGUCAGGUUAAGGACAUCAGCUACAGAAGAAGUGCUGUAAACCUUUAGAUCUCAACAUGUUGGAAAGUGACAGGGAGUCUUCAGGAUGUGUCAGGGAAGAUUACACUAUUACCAGACUUCAAUCUUCACACGUGAUUUGUUGGGUAUGUUUGUUGUGUCAGUGUGAGGACUAUCAUUUAGUUCUUGUGAAAAACAUUGUGAAAAAAGUAGUUGCAUGUAGAUUUUGUUAUUAAUAAUUAAUUUAAGUCUUUUGCUUUUUCAAUAAUUAGAAUUGCUUGAACCAUGGUACAUUGGUACCAUUUAACAUUUUUAAAGUCUGAAGCAAAGGUUUUCCUACAUUUUUAGAGUCUUUUUAAAAAUAUUUACCAACUUUUGAUAUUUACAUAUGUACAUCUAUAUAUUUGCAGCAGUGAGCUUACUUAAACUCCUUGCCCCAUUCUAAUAUGCACAUUUUUACUUGCACUUUAAUAACACAGUUGAGUUGUUAUAACAAACUCCUGUUAUGGUGGAGAUCAUAAAUAAUUUUAUGAAAAUAUUAUUAAAUUUGAGUGAUUGUUUGUGGUAGUGUCAAGAUGAUGGUGGUAUUCAUAUUACACCUUUUAAUUUUAAUAUAUCUAUAGUAGCUGCUGUGUUUUUAAACAUUUGAUUUAGUGUUUUUUAAGGCACGAGUGUUCAAGUAUUAUUUAUAAAUUAAAUACAAAUUAGAUCAUCAGCUGGUUUGUUGUUUUUAUUCAGUAUAGUCUUGUUGACUGCUGGCUGAAGGAGCCCUAUGGUGGUUGUGUAGGAUUUUGGACACUAGAGGGAGCCACUCACUAAUUCUCCGCUCUGCUGCUCCUCCCUCCGCAUUUAAUGCUGCCUUCACGUGCUACUCGGAAGCUCCUUUAUUAAAUUUCCACAACUUUUGUUUUUCUUGUUCGAACUCAGUGUUGUGUGGCGCAGCCUACAAAUCGAAGCCCGUGGGACGUAAGUUUGACUGGAGACAGAGAAAGCGAAUUCCAGCUGCGAGUCUUACUUUACAUCACGUCAGUAGCAUAUAUGAGCUCCCAGCAUCACAAUUGGGUCAGAUGACUUCUCAGACCGUUCCAAACGCAUUGUUACUUUUUUGGUCGAGUUUCUGUUUUUUUAUUAGGAAGUCCCAAACUCCUACAACACGUGAAGGCAUCAGGACAGUGAGCAGGUAGAGGCAGUCAAUGAGCUCCCAGGAGAGAGAGAGAGAGAGAGAGAGAGAGA